UUUGCCACUGGGGUUUUGCAGUCUCCUGAUUUCCUCUUGCCCCCCAAGGAGCCAGCAUGGGCAAUAUCCUUUGUAGUUUCAGAAGCAGGUCUGUUGCCCUGAAGGUCGCAUUCUGAGCCGAGGAGCAUAAAGGUAACCGCUUGUUUUUCCUUUCAAAGAUCUGCCCCAAAGAUAGGCUGUUGCUCUUCUGGAAAGCCUGAUCGGUAGGAUUCCUUCAGGGGCUCAGCCCAAAGUGCUUCCUCCCAUCCCCUCACCAACUUCAAAACCAAAGCUUGCCAAGAAACUCUGGAGGAAAACCUGCUGGAUUCCAUCGUUUCACACAAAUGGCUAAUCCUGGAGGUGGUGCUAUUUGCAAUGGAAAUCUGCACAAGCACGAGAAACAGAGCGACGGCUCACCCAGUGGAAACUGCGUGAAGAAUGGGAUAGUGAAAGAAGCCCAGCAAAAUGGGAGGCCCCAUUUUUACAAGCCAAUUGUUGAAUCCUUUGAGGAAGCACCUCUUCACGUUAUGGUUUUCACUUACUUGGGAUAUGGACUUGGAACCCUAUUUGGCUAUCUCAGAGACUUUUUGAGGAGCUGCGGGUUAGAAAAGUGUAAUGCAGCCAUAGAGCGAGAAGAGCAAAAAGAUUUUGUGCCGCUUUAUCAAAACUUUGAGAAUUUUUACACGCGGAACCUGUACAUGAGAAUCAGAGACAACUGGAACCGGCCCAUCUGCAGUGCCCCGGGGUCUCGGUUCGAUGUGAUGGAGAGGGUGUCGGAUGACUACAACUGGACAUUUAGGUUCACUGGAAGAAUCAUCAAAGAUGUCAUCAACAUGGGCUCAUAUAACUUCCUUGGCCUGGCUGCUAGUUACGAUGAAUCUAUGAGGACAGUAAAGGAUGUUUUAGAGGACUAUGGCUUAGGUGUGGCCAGCACCAGACAUGAAAUGGGAACCUUGGAUAAGCAUGAAGAAUUGGAGAACCUUGUGGCUAAGUUCCUGAACGUAGAAGCAGCUAUGGUCUUUGGGAUGGGAUUUGCAACUAACUCAAUGAAUAUCCCUGCACUAGUCGGAAAGGGAUGCCUCAUUUUAAGUGAUGAGUUAAACCAUGCAUCUCUUGUACUUGGGGCCCGACUCUCAGGUGCAACCAUAAGGAUCUUCAAACACAACAACAUGCAAAGCCUAGAGAAGCUCCUGAGAGAUGCUGUAAUCUAUGGCCAGCCUCGAAUCCGCAGAGCGUGGAAGAAGAUUCUCAUCCUGGUGGAGGGCAUCUACAGCAUGGAAGGUUCCAUCGUGGAUCUGCCCCAGAUCGUGGCUCUAAAGAAGAAGUACAAGGCUUACCUCUACAUAGAUGAAGCUCACAGUAUUGGGUCCGUGGGCCCAACCGGCCGGGGUGUUGUAGAAUUCUUUGGACUGGACCCUCGAGAUGUUGAUGUGCUUAUGGGCACAUUCACCAAAAGUUUUGGAGCUGCAGGAGGUUACAUAGCUGGAAGGAAGGACCUUGUGGAUUAUUUAAGAGUUCAUUCACAUAGUGCUGUUUAUGCUACAUCCAUGAGCCCUCCAGUAGCUGAGCAAAUCAUCAGAUCAAUGAAAUUUAUCAUGGGACUGGAUGGUACCACGCAAGGGUUACAGAGAGUAAGGCAACUUGCAAAAAACACAAGAUACUUCAGACAGAGACUGAAUGAAAUGGGAUUCAUUAUCUAUGGCAAUGAGGAGUCUCCCGUCAUUCCCCUGCUUCUUUACAUGCCUGCUAAAGUAGCGGCUUUUGCAAGGCAUCUAUUAAACAGAAAAAUUGGGGUGGUGGUCGUUGGAUUUCCAGCUACUCCCCUCGCAGAAGCUCGGGCUCGGUUUUGUGUUUCAGCGGCACAUACCCGGGAGAUGCUAGACACGGUUUUGGAAAACCUGGAUGAAAUGGGUGAUCUUCUGCAACUGAAAUAUUCUCGGCACAGGAAGUCAACACGCCCCGAACUCUACGAUGAGACAAGCUUUGAACUGGAAGAUUAAGUUUCCUGGUCCUGAAUUGCACCUAAAGACUUUGCUCGAAAAACCCCCAUUUUGCCUCAAAAGGAAUAUAAAUGGAUUUCUCCCCCCUUUCUAAGGACAAUUUUGGUUUCCAAACCAGCUUAAUUGAACUGAAGGAAAGGUUGUGUUUUUAAUAUCUCCAGCUCGGGACUGCAGAGACAAAAAUAUGGUUCCAGAUUUUAACUUUCUCCUCUCCCAAGUAUCCUGCUACAAAUACACACGCACGCACACACAC